CAGUGCAGUUUUGCCCCCACCGAGACGAAAGGACGGAUAGAGAGAGAGAGAGACAGAGAGACAGAGAGAGAGAGAGCAGCUCACACACUCGAGAUGGCAAAAGCAGACCACCGCCUCGGACAAAGAGAUGGUUCCGACCAGAACUUCGACUACAUGUUCAAGCUCCUGAUUAUAGGCAACAGCAGUGUGGGCAAAACCAGCUUCCUGUUUCGAUAUGCGGAUGAUUCGUUCAGCAACUCGUUUGUCAGCACCGUUGGCAUUGACUUCAAAGUGAAAACGGUUUAUCGCAAUGAAAAGAGGGUCAAGCUCCAAAUCUGGGAUACAGCAGGUCAGGAGCGUUACAGGACUAUCACCACAGCUUACUACAGAGGAGCAAUGGGCUUCAUUCUCAUGUAUGACAUCACCAACGAGGAGUCUUAUAAUGCCGUUCAGGACUGGGCAACCCAGAUAAAGACCUACUCAUGGGACAAUGCUCAAGUUAUUUUGGUAGGAAAUAAAUGUGACAUGGCUGACGAGAGAGUGAUACCUGUGGAGAAAGGCAAGCACUUGGCUGAUCAACUAGGCUUCGAGUACUACGAGGUGAGCGCCAAGGAAAACAUCAACGUCAGGCAGGUGUUCGAACGCCUGGUGGACAUCAUCUGCGUGAAGAUGUCCGAGCGAGUGGACGUCGACCCGUCUGUGGUCAGUGGAGCCAAGAGCACUCGGCUUAGCGACAAGCCGACGCAGCUACCGCAGAACUGCUGCUGAUUUAGCCUGCUCACUCUGGCCACACACACAUGCUAGACAUUUGUCCCGAUCCUGUCUUUAUCAUCUGCUUUCCAUUUCCUUCACCUUUUUUUCCCCUUCCAAACUCCUUACAUGUAGUAGUGUUACAUAUACAGUUUAAUGUUACUGCGAUACUGUCACUUUAAUUACACCUCUAACUAAAGGUCAGAGAGAGGUCAAAGCAGGGACUCCAGCAAAGCACAAAAAAAGCAUAUGUUCACUGCCAGACAAGAGACACCAUAUUUCCAAAAGUAUUGGGUCACCUGGUCAUAAGUACGUAUGGUAUGUGUAUAUUUGGAGCAUUGCAUUCCACAUUUAGUGCCAAUUUACUCUUAAAAUUUCCUCCACUCUUCUAGGUAGAUGUUCCACCAGAUUUUGGAGUGUGCUUAUGAAUAUUUGUGUUCAUUAGCCACAAGGGUGUUACGGUACUGAUGUAGGUGAGGUGAGAAGGACUGGGGUGGAGCAAGCGUUCCAAAUCACCCCAAAGGUGUUCAGUAGGAAUGAGAUCAAAGCUCUAUAGCAGGCCACUCAAGAUCUUCAUCUCCAAAGCAUGUAAACCAACAGGUUUGGGUUUUCAGGUUCAAGUGAAUGCAAAAUUGUAAUUAUAAAGACGUCCUACUUUUCCUACAGUUGAGGUGGUAAACAGAUUGGGAAAAAAAGAACGACAUAUAGCAGGAAAGGUCAGGUGUCCCAAUACUUUUGGAAAUAUAGUGUGAGCCACAUGAGCCACAUGAAUCAGACCUCAGCAGGUGCUUUAUAGAUCACCUAACACAAUUUCUCUGCUUUAUAAAAGAUUUUUUUUCUCAACUGUUGCUCAGUGAACGAGCACAAGUUUGACAACUCAGACGAUGUGGCCAUAAAAAGUUAUAUAUUAUGCACAAUAAUGGUUUGUUGCUUUCAGGGUGGAUUUAAUUACUCUGCAGAAACGCUGCUUGGUGGGUCCUUAAAUGGGUUAUUUCACUGCCAAAAGUCAAGAGCACGAAGUUUCGCUACGUUAUCACUAUUACAAGUCUAUUAUUUUGUUGUCAUACCAAAAAAUAGGUAUCCGCACCAGGGUUGCAAAGAGGCGGAAAAUGUCCAGUAAAUUUCUGGAAACUUUCCAUGGGAACUUUUAGUAACUUAAAUAGGAUUUUAUGGGAAUUUACUGGAAUAAUUAAAACAUUUGGGGGAUAAAUAUAUACAUAAACAAAAAAUGUUUCCCGUCAUUAGCUGACAUGCAUGUUAACUAAUACAGAUUUUUAAAAAUGGCAAUUUAAUUAUAAUAUAAUUUUGUUGCACAACAGCUUUUAAACGUGGAUUUGUCUAAUGUUUGUUAUUCACGUGCAGGAUUCAAGAAAUGGUGCGUGUUAUGUGAUCGCACAGUGUAUGUAGUGGGCGUGGCCUCAGUCGCCCUGCAGUAAGUGUGCAUGUGAUUGAUGAAUGUGCAGGUAGAAAUUGCAAUUGCUUUCAACCAAUUUGGUUGUUUAAUCCAAAAUUUCUUUUCCAAUUACAUUCUAGUUCCCUGUUAUUGGUUGACCUGCAUUUUGUAAAUUCCCAGUUUAUUUCCAUUAAUCCACAUAAAUUCCUGGAAUUUUGCAUUCCGAAUCCUGACUCAAAUCGGACUUGCUUGGUGGAAUGAGACAACAACAAAAAAAAAAGUGCUCAACUUCUUGUCUGGAGAUAUAAAUAUAUAAUGCCAGCCAUCCAUGGUCAGGAUUCUGACAGACCACAUGAGUUAUGAGCAUCUGCGAGUUCAUGUAUGGAUAAAAGGGCAUGUGUGCAGACGUUCAGUAGAUGGAAAUAGACUUCAUGACCACAUGUGUCUCAAAGGAAGCACAUCUUCACCAUCAUUGUGAAAACGGUUACAGUUUCUCUCAGCUGCUUUGGAGUGUUUCUCAAAUCAUCCUUGAUAUUUGCGUUUUUGAGAACAAACAGCACAACACACUGGAUUUCUUAAAAAAAAACCUGUACGUUUUUCCAAAUCCUUAGUUCAUCUCUCAAAAGUAAGUAUUUGUGUCGAUGAACAUCUCGUUGCCAUCAGAAUAACGAAUCGUUUGUUCAUUGAUUACAGACAAGAUCGUGAAAAUGGUUGUUCAUGCUGUCAGUAUGACGCACAGUAUCAGUGUUUCCUGAUGUAAACUGAAUUGCAAUGAUUGAAAGUCUGAAUUUCUUCUGUACGUCGUCUACGAAUUUCAGCAGCACACAUAUUUAUUUGAUUGCACAUUUGAUUUAUAUUGAUUGGAUUCACACUUUUACUGUACUGUACUAGUGUUCGUUCAUUUCCUAGUUGUUCCUCAAUGUUUAGAAAUUGUAAUUCUGGGUUUUGCUCCAUCACCAAUGGAAGGUUCACGAGAUUUGACCUCUUUUAGAGAACUACUCGAUCACUGGUUGAUCUGAUGCCUUCACUCGCCUUCAUUAGUGACGCAUUUACAAAUAAAAAGGUAGACAUCUGGUUUAACCAUUUUGCAUUCAAUGACUUAUACAAUGAACUGAUGCCGAGAUGUUUUGUGGGUUAAAACUAUUCAGGUGAAAGCAGUAUAAUAUAUUUUGAUCAACAUGAACAGAAACAAUUGAUAAUGUAGGAAAUCAAUCAAUUAAAUAAAUGUACAAAAGCGUUCGCCAUUCGAUCGAAGAGAAAAGUGACGACACGACGUGGAUGUUGAACAAGUCGUUUUGAGAAUUUCAUUUCUGAUCUGAGAAACGCUCCCAAAGCAAAUGAGAAAUAAAGAACUGUAACACAGGGAGAUGAGGGACAUUCAGGAAGAAUGAAACCAUCUCACACUAUUCAUUUUUCCACAUUUUGUUUUACCUUCCCAUGCUCAGGUAUUGAUAGUCGAUAUGGAUAAUUGCAUCAUCAAUACAGUGUAAAGAAAUAUGAGACAUUUCAGAUCUGAGAAACGAUCCAAAGCAACUGAAAAAGUUUUAGCCUACACGUGAAAAUGGCUACUAAAGCUAAUGUGCUCUCUAUUUUUGGCAAUAAAAUAUCACCGUAGGUUCAUUUGAAUAAAUAUAUAAUGGGCACAAUAUAAAAUGUGAGGGUUUUAGACAUAUAAAGCACUUUGCAGCUGUUCAAUAUAUCACUAUACAGUACAGACCAAAAGUUUGGACACACCUUCUCAUUCAAAGAGUUUUUUUAUUUUCAUGACUAUGAAAAUUGUAGAUUCACACUGAAGGCAUCAAAACUAUGAAUGAACACA